UAUUGAUCAUGAACGAAAGAAUCCAACCUAGUCAGUAGUCACCAAAAAAAUAAAAAAUAAAAGAGAAGAAUUCGAACGUGUGGUCGGGUGGUAAUAAAAAAAAAAAAGCUGUGGUGUUUAGACGAUAUCCAAUGUGGCCCGUUUCAGCAGCGAUCGUUUCUGCUCCUGUUUCCAUUCCAAACCUUUACUUGCCUAAAGCAAAAAGAACGCAAAAGCUUCAUUAUGGUGCCCUCAAAUGCUCGUUUGGUCAUUCCAGACCCAGACUCAGAGUUUCUGCCCUCAAGGAUCAGUUGCCGGAUUCCGCAACUACUCCCGAAGAUGAAGGUAGAAAGCUUUCUUCAUCUGAUAAUAAAAGGGGUGGCGGCGGGGGAUUUGAUUACGGGUGGUUGCCUGCUUUUCCUCAUGUUCUCGUUGCUUCCAUGUCCAAUUUUAUAUUUGGGUAUCAUAUUGGAGUAAUGAAUGGCCCUAUUGUUUCUGUUGCUCGAGAGCUUGGCUUUGAUGGAAACUCAUUUCUUGAGGGACUUGUUGUCAGUAUUUUUAUUGCUGGUGCAUUUAUUGGGAGCUUAAGUGCUGGUCCUUUGGCAGAUAAACUUGGUUGUCGGCUCACAUUUCAGAUUGAUACCAUACCCUUAAUUCUUGGGGCUAUAACAAGUGCAAAAGCCCACUCGUUGAAUGAUAUACUUGGAGGAAGAUUUCUGGUUGGUCUUGGUAUCGGCGUGAAUACAGUUCUUGUUCCCAUAUACAUAUCUGAGGUUGCUCCGACAAGAUACAGGGGGGCACUAGGCUCUUUAUGUCAAAUCGGCACUUGUGUUGGCAUUAUUGCUUCAUUAUUUCUUGGAAUUUCUUCUGAGAAUGAUCCACAUUGGUGGAGGACAAUGUUGUAUAUUGCGAGUGUCCCUGGUUUUGUUGUUGCACUUGGUAUGCAGUUUGCUAUCGAGAGUCCACGGUGGCUUUGUAAGGCUGGGAGAAUGGAUGAAGCUAAAACAGUAAUACGGGAGCUUUGGGGUGCAUCUGAAGUAGAGAAUGCAAUUGAAGAAUUUCAGUCUGUCAGCAUGAGUGAUGGCAGUGAUUUGGACAGUAGAUGGUCAGAGAUCCUGGAGGAGCCACAUUCUAGAGUUGCCUUUAUUGGAGGGACUCUUUUUACACUUCAGCAGUUUGCUGGAAUAAAUGGAGUUCUAUACUUUUCAUCAUUGACGUUCCAAGAUGUUGGAAUUCAAAGCAGUGCUUUGGCAAGCUUAUUCGUUGGACUUACUAACUUUGCAGGUGCACUCUGUGCUUUAUACUUGGUUGAUAGGGAAGGAAGACAGAAACUUCUAAUAGGAAGCUACCUGGGGAUGGCAAUUUCUAUGUUUCUUGUGGCUUUUGCUGUCGUAUUUCCAUUGGAUGAGCUGCUAAGCAACAACUUAUCAAUACUGGGAACUAUCAUGUAUAUAUUCUCUUUUGCAAUUGGAGCUGGUCCUGUGACAGGAAUAAUUAUUCCGGAGCUUAGCAGCACAAGGACUAGGGGGAAGAUCAUGGGGGUCAGUUUUUCUACCCAUUGGGUGGGUAAUAAAAUAUUUUGUUGCUUUGCCUGUAUUAUUGGAAGCUGUUUUAUCUCACUUUUUUGUUGCUUUGUCUUUAUCAAAGUUGUUUUCAUAACUACCGAAGAAUACAGUAAGUUGAUUUAUAUACCAGCCAUUCUUUUUCAUCAUGGUGUGUUCAAUUUAGUAUUUAAUGCUUCAUAUUCAGGCGUGCAACUUUGUAGUGGGCUUAUUCUUCCUUGAGUUGGUGGAGAAAUUCGGAGUUGCACCAGUAUAUGCCAGCUUUGGAGCAGUUUCUUUGGUAGCUGCAGCAUUUGCCUAUUACUUCAUCGUAGAAACCAAGGGGCGGUCGCUUGAAGAAAUUGAACGGUCUUUGAGCCUGAAAGCAUGAGCAUUAGAGUUUCUUGACAACAUGUCAUCCAUGUACAUGACAGGCCUUAACCGAUUGAAAAAGGGCAGGAUAUUGUGACACUGAUCUCUGGCUGGGGUCCUUAAUCCGUGCAACAAGCCUUUAUUGGAAAACGAAUGAGUUUGCAUCCCUGCAAGGUUAGCAGCUUGUAUUAUUGAUCAAUGUACAGCGAAAUUUUGAUGUUUGUAUUCCCAAACUUGAGCAGUUGCUACCGAAUGCUAUAUGUAACUUUGACUGCUGACUACUACACCAUGUUAAAGUAUACUCAUUAGAACUUAGCAGUAGAAGUUAAUUUGACGCAUAUCUUUUUCAUUUCCUUCUCCAAUGCGGGUUGUUUGAGUCAUAUGCAUGUAAGCAAUACAUAAUAAUUCUAUAAUUUCAUUCUCUUAAAUGUA